AUGUAUGUAUGUAUUGUAACGCCAAUGGUAGCGCUUGCCGCUGUCGCUGUAGUGUUCGUCGUUUUUGUUGUUGGGGUCUAAUUUUGCCAUAAAUACGCGCGCAUGCAACCUCGAAAACUCUUUGUGUUUCUGACAGCUGGAAGAGCUACAACAGCACCGGUAUGCAUGCAGCGGAUGCAGCGCCCAUAACCGAAGUUAACUAGAAACAGAUCCAGGCUAUUUAUGUAUAGCGGCUCACUAAUACUGCCAUUUGUGCGGGACAUUUAAACGCUGCUGGGACUCGAGUUUAAACGGACGCGUUUGUAGGGUUUUCCGGCAAAUAAAGGGGCGCGCGCAACGCGAAAAAAAUUCAUACAUAUUAUUCCUAAUGAAUUGGAAGAUUUGUACAUAAAUGUAUGCAUAUACAAUAUUUAUAUGUGAAGUGUUUUCCUAUUUUCUUGUGCGAAAAUAGUGUAUAGUGUGGCGCACAGCGUUGCGUGUUGACCGUGGAUGCGGCGUGAUUACAGUUGAGACGCGCGCUUUCUUACUUACUUGCUAACUAACGUUUGGACUCAUAUGCCGAUAUUCGCAAUUACCUGGGACAGUUUAGCAUUGUCGUGGUCAUUGGCGUUGUCGUAGUCGCUUGCGUCGAAGUCAAGCGCAUUUUUCAUUUGCAAUUAUUGUGAUUUGCAUAUCGUCGCAUUGAAAUAAUGAAAUUGCAAAGAAAACACACAGUGCGAAUUCACUUGCGGUUGAACUAAAAAUAAAGCGAAGUGUAAACAAAUAAACGGUGAAAAUCUUAAUAUUGCAUUAGAAAAAGUGUGAAAAACGAAGAAUCAACAUCGAAUAUUAAGCGUAUACGCAGGAAAUGACCGAUACCAACAAAGCACUUGCAUCGUUUGCACGUUUAGCUAUGGCCUCGACAGCUACCACCCUAGACCCAAACGCAAGUGCACUAAAAUCAAACGCAGCUUUAUCCAAUGCCAGCAGCGCGCUCCAACCGCUAAUCAACAACAGUACCUCCAAUUCAUUUGACGAUCCAUUCGCCGCCUACAACUACAACUAUGACAAUGCACAAAAUGGUUCGUUUCAUCACUUUUACGACCUGGGUCCUACGAGGGAUUCACUCAACAUCGUAAUACCGGUGACGAUCAUUUACAGUUUGAUAUUUGUAAGCGGUGUUAUUGGAAAUAUCAGCACCUGCAUUGUUAUCAAGAAAAAUCGCUCCAUGCACACAGCCACCAACUAUUAUCUCUUCAGUUUGGCCAUCUCUGAUUUUUUGCUACUGCUCUCCGGAGUUCCACAAGAGAUGUACUUCAUCUGGUCGAAAUAUCCGUAUGUUUUUGGCGAAUACUUUUGCAUCGGCCGCGGCGUAUUGGCUGAGACCUCAGCAAAUGCAACUGUGCUCACCAUAACCGCCUUCACGGUGGAGCGGUAUAUGGCCAUCUGCCAUCCAUUUCUCGGGCAGGCUAUGUCAAAAUUGAGUCGUGCCAUCCGCAUCAUUGUGCUCAUAUGGCUAGUUUCGGUGCUGACGGCCAUACCGCAGGCGGCCCAAUUCGGCAUUAUCAUGCUGAAUGGCAUCGAGAAAUGCGCUGUGGUGCGAAAUAUCAUUCAACACUCAUUUCAGCUGUCCACUUUCAUUUUCUUCUUUGCUCCAAUGUCCAUCAUUUUGGUAUUAUAUUUGCUGAUUGGCCUGCGAUUGCAUCGCUCAAACUUAAUGGGUGCCACGGGUGGUGAGGUCGAUGGGGGCGGCUUUGGUUACAUUAGUACGGGCGGGAAAGCGGUAAACGGUAGGGGAAGUAGCGGCAGCGGCAGGGGCAGCGGCAGUGGACGGCUUCCCUUUGGUAGCAGUAGCUUCGCCCGAACGAGCGGAACACGCAAAGGCAACGGCCGCAUGAGCAUGCAGAGCACACAGAGCGAUACGAUGCUCUAUCGUUACACGGGCGGGAGUCAGUUGAGCGCUGUGCGUGGGCGGAUGAAUCAUUAUGGAACGCGUCGCGUGAUCAAGAUGUUAGUGGCCGUUGUCAUAUGCUUCUUCUUGUGUUGGGCACCGUUUCAUGCACAAAGGCUCAUCGCCGUUUACGGCACGGCUGUAAUGGGUGGCAGCAGUGAGAGUGGAGCUGGUGGCGCGGGUUCUGCCGACGAUAAGAAUCAUCAUGUGGUGAUAUACACCGUUAUGACAUAUGUCUCUGGUGUACUUUAUUACUUGUCGACAUGCAUCAACCCGCUAUUGUACAACCUGAUGAGCAACAAGUUUCGGCAGGCUUUCAAGUCGAUAUUGUUUCGAAAGAAAUCCACUGGUUCUCUCAAUUAUCGACGAGCUCAACAAUCGCAAAAUUUACGUCGAAAUCCUACGCUCACUUCGAGUACGCAGCGGGAAUCCAGCGAUUCGGAGACACAAUUGAAACACUCGGUGUUACAGGCUGUAUUGGAUGAGCGCAAAUCAAAAAACCAAGUUUUGCCAUAGAACGAGUAGUACAAAGAUGGGUCUGGACUAGGAAAGGCUAUUGACUUUGGACGCUCACGAGCAAACACGUGUGGAUGACAACUUUCAAAGAAAAACGUAUAGGAAAUCUAAUGUUUCUAUACAAGCGAGUUACUUAAAACUGAAUACUUAUUUAAUUAUUGAACUCAACAAACUAAUAGAUUAAGUACAUAUAUUCGUAUGGAUGUAUGAAAAAAAAUUAUUGUAAACAACUGAAUAUAUAAAACCGUAGUAUGUAAUUUAAUUCAUAUUUGCAGUAAAAUAUUUAUUUACGUUCAUUUGUAUGCAAUUAAGUUUGUGCAUAUGUACAUAUGUAUGUAUGUAUGUUGAGAUAUUAUACACCUCAGCGCUAAACCAAUGAUGAAACAUUGUAAAAUAACACUAAUAAAGAGGGUGAAAAUAAGAAAAAAAAUUUUAAUGUCAAAAAAAUAGAAAGCAUUCGCACGCUUAAGUAGCAAAAGAAGUUCUAAAAAAAUAAAAAGUCAUACAUUUGGUAGCAAAUUAAUCUCUAUAGGCCUCAAAAGGAAAUUGUUAACUUAAGUGUUUUUCGAUUCGUACAAUAAACCAGUUUAUAUAGUAUAGCAAUAAUUGCUACUUAGUCAUUAAAGGCGCUACUUAACCUAUAUGGAAAAUAUAAAAUUGAAAUUAUUAAAUUACUUACUACUUACAUAUAUAUUUUAAUCGAUUAUGUGUAGUGGAGUUCAAUGGGGUUACCAACUAAGCUGCUAAUUGCAAAAAAAAAAAAAACGUGAUCGUAGGAAAAUUAUAAAUAAACACCAAUUAUUUAACCCAUUGAGAGUUUGGUAACCAAAUGUUGCAAUAAGUUUUAAGCAGGGUAUAAUAUGUACGGGACACGAAAUAUACUCCUAAACUUCUCUAUACUAAUUGUGUAAAGAGAAGUUCCUUUUUUUGUAAGAGGUAAUCGCACAAACGGCAUGCCCCAUUUUCAUGAAAUUUUUAUAUAAAUAGCUUUCAGCAACCACCUUGGCAUUGUAAAUAGG